CGCAGCAACAGCUUGCAGAGGAGCUGCGGUUUGUGCUCUCUUGGACGUGUUCUUCUGAGACAGGAGAGUCAAACUUCCAUCUUCAGGCCCCGAAGGAGUUUUUCCCUAGGGUACUGCAAAGAGGCUUCUUUUCCCUUCAGUUCAGCAGUAUCAGCCUACGUCAGAGCCAUGGCUCCAAAAUCUCAACAAGGAAAGAGCUUAGGUGGCCGAAAAAAGCCAAAAACUGUCAGAAAUAAGGAAACAUUAUCAGUCAGUGAAGCGGAACCUAUGAAUAUGGAGAACAUGGGUCAUCCAGAAAUUUAUCCUUUACUGUUAACUACAAAGACCCAAGAAAUAUUUAACUGCCGAGUAAACGAAGACUUCACAGAUGAACAACCUUAUAAACUUAUCAAAAAAGAAGAUUUUUUUGCAGACUUUCACAAGAGAGCUGCAGUAUCUGAUUUCUACCCAUUCAAAAAAAUUAUUCAGGAAUAUCCUGAAGAUGAGCUUCUGCUUGUUUAUGACAAAGACUUCAAAUAUGGAUUUAAUUUCUAUCUGAUUGGAACAGAAGAGGGAAAGGAAAACUAUUUAAAUCCCCCAGCAGUAUCAGAAGAGCAAGAAGAACAGAAAGAACUUAAGGAGCAUGCUGCUGAAGACAUCCUUAUUUAUAAGCCACCUGUCUCUAAACCAUGGGUUUCGUUGGGCAGUGAAAAAGAAAUCGCGGAAGAAUCAGUUAAGGAACCCACAAAGCAGAUUACAUACAUGAUUUCUCGAAAACGAAGUGCAUUUGGUGCCCCAAUUCAGUUCAGUGACCAGAAUGCUUCCAGCGUAAAAGAUGCCUAUAUUGAAUGUACAGCCUAUCCAGAUAAAAAUUUUACCAUUAAGCAACUUGAGAAAGAUGUUGGCAUGCAAGCAGUCCCCCAAGUCAAAGGCACAAGUACUCAGACAAGAUGGACAUAUCCCAAAAAUGCUGCCGUGCAAUAUUAUCCAAGAGAAUUUUUAGAAAAGGAAAAAGAAACACUUGGACAAUCAAAGCCUUUUACCGAUUUUCUUAACAACGCAUCCGUAAGUGUUGAAAUAGCCCUGCAACAAAAUGAAAUCAUGAACACAUUUAUUGAUGACUGGAAAUGCCUGGCAGAAGAAGAAGGCACCUUUGGGGACAAGACUGAUACCCAUUUGAAGGAGUUCCAGUCCUUUACUGAUCUUCAUAGCCUAAUGGAGACAAUGAUCACCUGUGUCUCAUGGCAUCCGGAUAUCUAUGGGCUAAUAGCUGUGUCGGUGGCUGUGCGACUCUCCCUUGAAGACAGAGUCUACUUUUCUAGUAAAUUAUUGCUGCAACCAUCACUGAUUCUUUUCUGGAGUUUCUCUGAUCCCAUACACCCUCAGUUAAUGCUGGAGAGCCCAGAUGACAUCUUCUGCUUCAAAUUCUGUCCAACUAACCCUAAUAUCAUUGCUGGAGGCUGCAUAAAUGGACAGAUUGUCAUUUGGGAUAUUACUGCACAUGUUGAUCGCAUAGAAAACAUUAAGACGGGUGGCAAUAGAAGUAAAAAACCCAUACUCAAGCCUAUGUUCCUCCUUGAACCAGACAGUAAUAAAGAAGCAAUGUAUAUCAGACACUGCGCAGUCUCCUCAAUAGAAAAUGGACAUAAAAAAGUAAUUACAGAUAUACAUUGGCUGCCUGACACAUUUGAGAUUAACAGAAUAGGUUCCGUCUUUGAGAAUAGAAGUGAGCUAUGCUGUCAACUUGUCACCUGUUCAGCAGAUUGCACAAUUUGUUUUUGGGAUAUCAGACCACAGAAAACUUUAACCCCUCAACCAGCAGAGAAAAAGAAAGAAGAAACUAUUGAAAUUCCUUUUGAUGUACCAACUACUUUUUUGCACCUAGAUCUCACCUGGAAACCUCUCUAUAAGAUAAAGCUGUCUAAAGGUGAAACAACUUUAGACCACUGCCCAACCAAGAUAAGCCUGUGUGAAGACCAUCUUUACAAAGCACAAGACAAAUUGUUAGCUCAGAACAAAGUCAUAAAGCCAGAAGAGAACCCAUACCAGAACCUGGAAAGUGGGUUGGCCAAUGUUCUCAAGCCAAUAGACGACUUCUGUACAAAGUUCUUUGUGGGAACAGAGGAAGGUGAAGUGAUAUACACAGAUUGGAAACUGGAAAGAGACCCUGAAACUGGCCGAUUGAUGACAAAGAAGCCAGUGAACCUCUGCACCGUCCACGAUGGUGCUGUCCACACUGUGCAGAGAUCACCUUUUUACAAGGACAUUAUCCUCACCAUUGGGGGGUGGAACAUGGCCAUCUGGAAAGAAGGUGUCACGACUGGACCUCUCCUGCAGUCAUCUUGUGCACCAAAAAGGUACACCUCCGGGCACUGGUCCCUGACAAGGCCCAGCGUCUUCUAUAUUGGCCGAGAAGAUGGAUACAUCGAUAUCUGGGACCUACUGGAGAAAACCCACGAACCAGCCCAGUCACAAAACAUCUGUAUAACUAUGAUCACCUCCAUCAAACCCUGGGCCUUUUCCACUAAGCAGCAGUUUAUAGCCGUGGCCGAUUAUUAUGGAACACUGCAUAUAUUAGAAAUCCCUUGGACAUUAAGGCGCCCUUCUGCCAAUGAGGCAUCAAGUGUGAGCCACUACUUCGAAAGAGAAGUCAAGCACUUGGAAUAUGUAGAACAGCGCAAAAAAAUCCGUGAACAACACAAGAAAGAAAUGGAUCUGGAAACUGAGAAGAUAAAACUCAAAACGUAUCAGAAGUCAAAAGAGCAAUUGGAGGCUGAAUUGCAAAUGGACUACGAGAGUUAUUUAGAACUGGAAAAGACCAUCCUCCUAAAUCUGGGCCUAAUCAAAAUGACAGACAGGAUGUCAUUGAUUGAUGUGGAAUAGAAAACCUUCCUGUGGGGGUGUUUUGGAGGCUUUGUGGGACUUCUUUUUUUUUUGUAAGGUAAAGUAGCAAACCAAACAUUAAAUAAGUUUAUUU